UCUGCUACUGUCAGAAGCAGAGUUAAGCUGCAGUAGAAACAGUGGCGAGAACCUUUGGUCAGGAAUAACCUAUCGGAACAGUGCUGGUUUCCAGGGAGCCUCCAGGGAGGAGUUAUCUCUGCCACUUAAGAAUUGACUCCCAUCCCCAGCCGAAGCUCAAACCGUAAGGAUAUUCCAGACCAACUAAGAAAUCCAGACUUGUUCAAUGACAUCUCCUUUUUGUUUGGGACACGCUACAGAAACAGAUGACAGGACAAUAUCAGCCAAUGUCAGAAAACUCGGAGUGUGUAUGUCUGUUGGGUGGUGCUGGGCCCACUUAGUGUGACAGUGCUGUGGGAGCGUGGAGUGUCAAGACCCUGCUGACCGUAAACUGUAGCCCUGGAUUUCCUGGAGAUGGAAGGUCAUAAUUAUGACCGCUUUGGGGAAGGGGAAAGGGAGAACUACCAGAUUGACUACAGGAGGAUCGUAGGGGACAUGGAACCAGCAAGUCCCCAUGUGCCCAACAAGGACGGGGACAACCUUUAUAGCACCUAUGUCCAACCAACGACGCAUGGUCAUGGGCAUGAGACGGCUGCGCAACGGUAUAGUGCGACACGUAUCCAAGCUGGGUAUGAACCAGAGAGCACGGCCGACUACCUGAUCAGCGGAGGCACAGGCUACGUUCCGGAGGAUGGGUUGACGGCGCAGCAGCUCUUUGCUAUUGGCGAUGGACUCAGAUACAAUGACUUCUUGAUCCUGCCCGGGUUCAUAGAUUUUACAUGUGAUGAAGUGGAUCUAACCUCUGCAUUAACAAGAAAGAUCACUCUUAAGACACCUCUUAUUUCUUCCCCCAUGGAUACUGUCACAGAAUCAUCCAUGGCCAUCGCUAUGGCAUUGAUGGGUGGGAUUGGAAUAAUUCAUCAUAACUGUACUGCUGAGUUCCAGGCCAAUGAGGUUCGCAAAGUCAAGAAAUUUGAGCAGGGUUUCAUCACAGACCCGGUGGUAAUGAGCCCCCGGCACACGGUAGGAGACGUGUUUGAGGCUAAGAUACGCCACGGUUUCUCAGGAAUCCCCGUUACGGAGACCGGCAAGAUGGGCAGCAAGCUUGUCGGCAUUGUUACCUCCAGAGACAUUGACUUUCUGUCUGAGAAGGACCAUGACAGACCCCUGGAGGAGGCAAUGACAAAAAGAGAGGAUUUAGUGGUUGCGCCUGCGGGUGUCACACUAAAAGAGGCAAAUGACAUUCUACAACGUAGCAAAAAAGGUAAACUUCCAAUUGUCAAUGACAGUGACGAGCUGGUCGCCAUCAUUGCCAGGACCGACUUGAAGAAGAACAGAGACUACCCUCUGGCUUCCAAGGAUUCCCGCAAACAGCUUCUUUGCGGAGCUGCAAUCGACACCAGGGACGACGACAAAUACAGACUGGACCUCCUCAUGCAGGCUGGAGUCGAUGUCGUGGUCCUGGACUCCACCCAGGGAAACUCUGUGUAUCAAAUCAACAUGAUCAACUACAUUAAACAGAAAUAUCCUGAACUGCAGGUGGUUGGAGGGAAUGUUGUGACAGCUGCUCAGGCUCAAAACCUCAUUGAUGCAGGUGUUGAUGCCCUCAGGGUCGGCAUGGGCUGCGGUUCCAUCUGCAUCACCCAGGAAGUCAUGGCAUGUGGACGACCACAAGGCACAUCAGUGUACAAGGUGGCUGAAUACGCCCGCCGCUUUGGAGUGCCCGUGAUUGCUGACGGGGGCAUUCAGACUGUUGGGCACGUGGUCAAAGCGCUGGCUCUGGGAGCGUCGACAGUGAUGAUGGGCUCGCUGCUCGCCGCCACCACGGAGGCUCCAGGAGAAUAUUUUUUCUCUGAUGGGGUGCGUUUGAAAAAGUAUCGAGGAAUGGGCUCCUUGGAUGCCAAGGAGGAAAACAACAGCCAGAAACGCUACUUCAGCGAGGGAGAAAAGGUGAAGGUGGCCCAGGGUGUAUCAGGUUCUGUACAAGACAAGGGAUCCAUCCAUAAGUUUGUCCCUUACCUCAUUGCUGGCAUUCAACAUGGCUGUCAGGACAUUGGAGCCAAGAGUUUGUCCAUCCUACGGUCAAUGAUGUAUUGUGGAGAGCUGAAGUUUGAGAAGAGAACAAUGUCCGCUCAGAUGGAAGGCGGCGUCCAUGGCCUUCACUCAUAUUCUUUUGUACCAUUUAUGAGAAGCGGCUUUACUGAGGCGGGAGGAAAAGGAAACACCCGAUCGGGACCCGACGUGCCCACCCCGGCGCUGCUGAGCAGACAAGUGACACACAAGUGACCAAAAAUGCUGAAAUGUUCAUGUUUUAUAUGAUAUCCAUGAUCAAUACAGGAGAUCCUCGCUAUUCCUGGUGAGGGUUCUACUCAAUAAUUGAGACGCCCAAAAUAAUUUGAUACAUGGCUCACUUCAUCCCCUCCAAACCCUCUUGCUAGCUUGAUAUUGACAUUCCCCAUCAUUUUGGAUUUACAUUUUUUAUUUUUAAAAAUGCACUAUUAGUUAAAAAUCAGCUUCAUAAUCCAGCAAGUCUCUCUUCAAUCGCCGACAAAGGAAAGCUAAUAAGUACAGUCCAGGUUGAAGCCUAACACCCUUAUUAUGUAUGGAUAGGUAGAAUAUGACAGGAUAGUAGGAACUUCUUAUAUUUAUUGCACAAUAGGUAAAUGAUGUGGUGGCAGGGCAGUUUCAAAAAGUCCACCAAUAUAUAUAUAUAUAUAUAUAUA